UAUGAUUGUGUUUCACAAAAAUUUAUUAAAUCCUGCAACCCUCAGCUUCUUCAUUAAUAUAGAAGUAAAACAGUUUACAAAUCAAUAAAAAUCUUGGCUGAACUAGCCUGGCCCAAAUAAAUAAGGUAAACCCAAAUAUCCAAUAAAGUAAAGAAUUCAGGCCACUUUUAAUAUUAAGCCUAAUGUUCAAAAUCAUGGAGUUGAAGCUUAGGGAAAAGCUAAUUACUUAUUUGGAAGGAGGCAUAUUGAAUAAUUAGAUCAAAUUUAUCAGAGAACUGGGUACAAAACUAAAUAUUUAUAUGAUCGUGGAACAGAUCAAAAGAAGUAAAAGGGAGGAUUGCUAUACAAAGAUUAAUUUAAUAGACUUUUAAAGUUUUUUUACACAGUUAAUAGGGAGAGAUUAUAUUAAGUCAUGAAACUUCUUCAUGUAUUGGAUGAGAAGGGAAUAGAUUUUCUAUAAGCACUACACAGCUUUCUAAAAGAAGUAAAGCUUAUAUCUAACUAUAAAAUAGUGAUUU